AUGAGUGAAAAUUCUACAAAUGAACUUGACCAGCUGGUUAAGGCUAAAAAUCUGGCAAUGGACAAUAAUCCAAGGGAGAUGCUGCCAAAAGUAUUGGAAACCGCUAGUACUAUGACUGUAAUCGCAAUAAAUAGUAACAGUAGCGAUAUCAAGGCCAUAAGAUUGGCCCGUUUUUUCGCUUCAACGUUUGUUGAUAUAAUGAAUAGCAAAGAAAUCUCUAAAACUGAAAAACCAUUCAUUGCCUCUCAGUAUCUAGAGACUCUUUGGCUGACAUGUUCUAGGAUCGUCGAUCCAAUAGCUUACAAGUAUACUAUACUAUCCUUAACGAUUUCUUAUCCUUUAUUACUAGAUCUUGUUGCAAAGACAUCAAAUGACAAAUUGUGGACUCUUUUAACCAGAUUCAAAGAUAAAAUAAUAAAAAAUUGGAGAUUGAAUCAAUCUAAUAAAUUAAAACCAGAAAUUUCAGACGAUCUUAACGAUGAUUCAAAAAAUAUAGGUUGUAAAUUAGCUACUGUGAAAUUUCUUUCACAAAUUGUCAUCACUCAAACUGUCAUCAAUGAUAAUAGUCCCAACAAUUCUUACCCCAUCAGUAUUACAUCAGUACCAAAUAAUCAUCCAGUCAUCUCAAAUAAACCUAAAUUAGAAACUGAGGCUAAGAAUUGCCUGGAUCUCCUAUUAAAUUAUCUAAUUGAGGAACCAAUGAUGAUCAGUUCUGCCUUUAUUGGCGUUUUAAAUUGUCUUUCCUUCAUAAUGAAAGCGAGAUCACAAACUACAAUCCGUAUACUCUCUGCCCUAUUGAGAUUCAAUGUCGACGGCAAAUAUCAAUUGGAUGAUAAAUCUGCUGUUAACUAUAAACUAUCCAAGAGAUUUGUAGAACGUUGUUAUAAAAAUUUUGUUAAUUUUGGUAUAAAGAACCAAUUGAUAAAAAAUGGUUCACAAAGCAACUCGAUGAAUCAGAUGUAUUCAAAAUUAUCUAAAAUUGCACAGACUCUGCACGUAAUUGGUGAAGAAACUAAAUCAAAAGGUAUCUUGAAUUUUACUGCCUCAGAAACUGAAAAUAAAAUUAAUAAGAAUGAAAAGGAAAAAAUUAUCUCCUAUAGACUGAAACAGCAGAGGAAACUCGAUGGUACUAAUUCAUCCAGUACUUCUACUUCCUCUGCAACAGGCACUCCUUCUUUCACGGCAAUUACGGAGGAUAUAGAUAAGAAAACAAUCACAGUUCAGCAAACUUCACAACCUGCUUCUGACAUAUCUUUGGAGCAUUUAACAAGUCUACAAAAAUAUGCAUUUUCGAAAAAUUCAGCAACUGGCUUUACAAACUCUUCACCAAUUGCUACAGGUGAUUCAUACAGUGCAAUUUAUUCACUUAUGAAUAUGCAAAAUUCAAACCAAAAUUUAUCAAAUCUGUCACAGGAUAACCUUGUCAAAUUAUCAACAGAGGCAAUAAUGAGAUGUGAUACUACAAAACUCAUUUCUGCUUUAUCGAUCGUUGCAUCUAGAUACACUGAUUUAAUGACAAAUAAAAGGAAGCGUGAAGAUGACGAAACUGAAAUCAAAGAAGAACAUGAAAAUAAGAAAGUCAAGACAGAAUCCGAUUCUGAGGAUGAAAAUGAAGUACAAGAGGAUAUUGAUGUUACGAAACCAAUGUUUGAGCCCAAACCAAUGGAUCAAGAAACUAAAAUUAAUCUAACCAAAAGAAUCAUAAACAAGAUCAUUGAGGUUAAAGACAGUAAUAUAGAACCAAGUUUAACAGUACCCACCGACGGCAUGAAUAAUACUUUGAAUAUGAUUAAACUAGUUGACUGGAAAAACAGCGAAUCAUGGUACCAUAUUUUGAUUAGAUUAGCUACCAGAGGGACUGCUGCAAAUAACGAGAUAAGUAACAUAAUAAGAGAACAACUUCUGUCCUUUGUGUUGGAUGAUUUCGACAAUAAGGCAGCAAUAAUGGUUGAGUGGAUGAAUGAAGAAUGGUAUUCAUUCAAAUUAAAGAUUACUAACGAGGAUAGUUACAAAACCUGGUCAAUUAGAUUGUUGAACGAACUAAUACCAUUUUUAGAAAACAAGCAUCGUAGAAUUUUUAUUCGUUUAAUGAGUGAAUUACCAAGUCUAAGCAGUGAUCACGUCAGCAUCAUGAAGCCAAUCCUGAUGGAUCCAAGUAGAAGUUCGCUAGGGUUUCAAGCGCUGAAAUUUUUAAUCAUGUUUAGAGCACCAGUUAAACCAAUGAUUAAGGACUUACUUGAUACCGUCAUGCAAGAAGAUAGUAGCUUAGAAGAGCAAUGCAAAUCGCUACUCGAUAAAUAUUAUAAGUAA